UUCAUUGACUGAAGCAUUCAUUUGUGUUUUCAAUCCAUUUAUUUGUAAAUUAAUUGUAAUUUUAAACUUAUUUUGUGUUUCAAUUGGUUUACUAUAACACGUGUAGUGUUGACACCAUUCACAGCACCCGUAGUAUAGAUUUUUCGCGAAGUCUUGUGAAUUGAAUUGAAAACAAUGUCUCAAAACACGCGUAGAGUUGGUCUCAGGAGUGACGCAAAGAGGAGACUGUCUUCAGAGGCAUCACCGGAAGUAUGCAAAGUAUUGUCGCAUAAGAGGCGAGGAAUGGCCGCAAGAAGUAGUCAUACAAUGAAUGCACAGAAAGUCUAUCCGAAAGACUCUUUGGACCGAUUGGGCGAUGAUUUGUGUCAACACUUAUUGUCUUUCCUAUCACUCGAAGACCGGUUC